GGCCGCCGGAAGUCUUGCCGCUAUGGGCCGCAAGAAGAAGAAGCGAGAUGGCGGGGACCGGCGGCCUCGGCUCGUGCUCAGCUUUGAUGAAGAGAAGCGACGCGAGUUCCUGACCGGCUUCCACAAGCGGAAGGUGGAGCGGAAGAAGGCUGCCAUUGAGGAAAUAAAGCAGCGGCUGAAGCAGGAGCAGAAGAAGCUCCGGGAGGAGCGCCACCAGGAAUACUUGAAAAUGCUGGCAGAGAGAGAGGAGGCGCUGGAGGAAGCAGACGAGCUGGAGCGGCUGGUGACAGCCAAGACAGAGUCGGUGCAGUACAGCCACCCCAACCACACAGUCACUGUGACCACCAUCAGUGACCUGGACCUCUCUGGGGCCCGGCUGCUUGGACUGCCCCUGCCUGAGCAAGGGGCUGGGGACCCAUCCAAGGAGUUGUCAUCCACCGAGAAGCCAACCAGAGCCUUUCCCAGAAAAUCCAAAGACCCCCUGCUGUCUCAGCGGAUCUCCUCCCUAACUGCCUCACUGCAUGCACACGGCCGGAAAAAGGUCAAGAGGAAACGUCCCCGCCGGGUGCAAGACUCCAACAAGAAGCUUCCAGGCGCCACUCGGACCAACAAGACCCAGCGCCGGCGACUGACAGGCAAAGCCGGGCCCAGUGGGGAGUGAACCCCAGAACCCAGUGCUGUCCCAGCCUUGGCUCUGGACUCCGUCCUGUGUCACCUGGACUGUUCUAGUAAGCAGCUGCGCCAAGGAGUCAUUCCAUAGCUUGAGGUUAGGCAGCUGGCUCUCAGCACCUGACCCUUUUGGGCUCAACCCCCCAGGGUGUUUCUCAGGCAAGGACAGCUACCCCCAAGGGUCCUGCAGAGUCAGGCUGGGUGUGUUCCCAAAUGUAAACCUUCAGACUUAACACAUUUGUGAAACUCAUCAGAUGUGUGCGCUGUGGUUUCUUUGUCACUGGCCUUGACACCACACACCAAGGCCAGGCUUCUUGGGUGCUGGAAAUGGUCGGGCCCAUCCUCUGUCCCUAGCAUUUUUCCUGAUGGAAUGAUAAGGUGUGUUAGAUCUGGGUCCCCUAAACAAGAUUGAAGACCAGCUUGUCCACUGGUAGAAUCCAGAGCCCACCCACCACUCUAGAAAGUGGGCGGUUAGGGCAUUGUGGGCAAACUUCCAGGCCAUGCCCUCCACUGGUGGAAGCCGUCAAGUCCUGGAACAUUCCUUGUGCCCAAACUUGGACAGCUUUUGCAGGCUUUCAGCAGCUUCCA